AUGGGGGCCCCCCACCUGGGCGCGUGCUGGGAUUACUGGGAGCGCUGUGGGGGGAGUACUGGCAUCAUGGGGAUCCCAGCUUGUGCACUUAUUGGGGUCACUGGGAUGCUGAGGCGCUGCCGACCCUCCAAACGCCGCUCCGUCCCACGCCGAUCGCUGAUUGGCGGGCGGCACGCCGCGCGCGCCCAACUCAACGUGCGCGCAGGCGCGGCGCCGGCCGGCCUCCCCCCCCCUCCCACCACCCGUCCCCGCCGCUCACCUCUGACGUACACCGUUGUGGCCAAUCCGCGUUCGGCGGCGCCCUCCGCGGCUCUGCGCGUGCGGCCAAUCGGGAGCGCCGAGGCGGGACAUGCCACGGGGAAGGCUCAGCACGGAAACUUCCUGGUGGCCAUCAAGCAGGAGAAGGGAGAGUCGGCACGGACGAGCAGCGAGAAACCUCACGGCGAGGAGGAGCCGGUGAAGAAGAGGGGCUGGCCCAAGGGCAAGAAGAGGAAGAAGAUCCUUCCCAAUGGCCCCAAAGCCCCGGUGACGGGCUACGUUCGUUUCCUGAACGAGCGGCGCGAGCAGAUCCGCACGCAGCAUCCUGACCUGCCCUUCCCGGAGAUCACCAAGAUGCUGGGGGCCGAGUGGAGCAAACUGCAGCUUUCGGAGAAGCAGCGGUACCUGGAUGAAGCGGAGCGGGAGAAGCAGCAGUACAUGAAGGAGCUGAGGGAAUACCAGCAGUCGGAGGCCUACAAGAUGUGCACGGAGAAGAUCCAGGAGAAAAAGAUCAAAAAAGAGGACGCGGGCGCUGCGGCCAUGAACACCCUGCUGAACGGGCACCCGCACAAGGCUGGCGAGGGCAGUGACACCUUCUCCACCUUCGACGUGCCCAUCUUCACGGAGGAGUUUUUGGACCAAAACAAAGCCCGGGAGGCUGAGCUGCGGCGCCUGCGGAAGAUGAACACGGAGUUUGAGGAGCAGAACGCCAUCCUGCAGAAGCACACGGAGAGCAUGAACUGCGCCAAGGAGAAGCUGGAGCAGGAGCUGGCCCAGGAGGAGAGGCAGACCCUGGCCUUGCAGCAGCAGCUCCAGUCCGUGCGACAGGCCCUCACCGCCAGCUUCGCCUCACGGCAGGCGCUGGGACGUCUCCCCAUCCCCACAGCCCGGGAGGCUGAGCUGCGGCGCCUGCGGAAGAUGAACACGGAGUUUGAGGAGCAGAACGCCAUCCUGCAGAAGCACACGGAGAGCAUGAACUGCGCCAAGGAGAAGCUGGAGCAGGAGCUGGCCCAGGAGGAGAGGCAGACCCUGGCCUUGCAGCAGCAGCUCCAGUCCGUGCGACAGGCCCUCACCGCCAGCUUCGCCUCCCUCCCCAUCCCUGGCACCGGGGAAACCCCCACGCUGAGCACUCUGGACUUCUACAUGGCCAAACUGCACAGCGCCAUCGAGAGCAACCCUCUGCAGCACGAGAAGCUGGUGGUGCGCAUCAAGGAGAUCCUGUCCCGGAUAGCCAGCGAACACUUGUGAACUGGACCAGUCCCUCCUGGACCCCGGGGCCAGCCGGACCGUGGCCCUGUCCCUUGGAGCUCACGCAAGGGACAGUCUCUGCUGGUGGUCCGGCUGCUUCCCCCCCCACCCCACGCACACCUCGCUGGAGAAGUGAGCUGGGACCCCUCUGCCCGGGUCCCACCGCUGCUCCAUCUCCGAGGACCUCGAGCUUCUGGGGACCAAGCGGUGACGGGGCUGGGGGCCUGUGGCCAACGCGGUGCUGGGCGAGGUGGUCAGGGGAGGGCAUUGAGUGUCCCCCCCUGCUCUCCCGUGAGCUCCCCGGCUCCUGCAGCUCCUUCUCCCUAAACCAGAGACCCCCAAGGGCUGCCCCAGGGCGGGUGAGGUCCCUGGGGGUUACUGGCCUGGAGGGAACCGGCCUCUUCCAGGGGCUGUGUUAACUGGUCUGUGAUGGGAGGGAGGCAGCCCCCGGGGCUCAGCGCUGCCUCCUGGCCCCUGGAUCGGCCCAGGGAGCCUCUUGGUCCCCUCUUGAGGUAGCAGCUUCCUUCUGCUCGCCUCUUGCUUUAUUUAAUCUUCCCCCUUCCCCUUGGCUGCUCCCCCACGGGUGCCUUCAGCCCCCUGCCUGUGUCACCCUGCCUGUCACCUCUCCUUCCCCCAUCUCUCUGGGACCAGCCGUGGCAGCUCCUGCCCUCUGCAGCGGUGAAGGUGAAACAAAUCUUCAUGCUGGAGCCGGGACCGACCCCUUUGUCCCCCCGUGGGGUGCCCGUGGGGCCGUGCACAGGCUUUUGGCUCCUUCCCGAGCCCGUUCUGCAUCGUGGGACCACCGUGAUGGCAGCCGCGUCCUGGCCGUGCUGUGCCGGGGUCGCCUGUCCCCGGGGCUGCCCGUCACUAAUCUCAGACUGUGUAAUUAGAGAGUGUCUUAUUUUCUUACUAGCACUACGUUGAUCCGGCCCCGGGUUUAACCCGGGGCUGCUGCGCGACCGCUGCUCCUCUCUCGCCUGCAAGGUCCGUGCUCUGUAGAUGAGUCUCCUGGUUGCCAUCUCCUGGUGGCCGCUUGGCUUGGGAUGGAGAUGAGAGCAAAUAAACGUGGGAGAAACAACCA